GACAGUAGUUACAGGAAUGGCCCGGCUAGUUUGUAUACAAAUACAUAUGGCUUAGAUUUAGAAUUUGCCAUCGUAAAGACAUUUACAAAAUGUCUUUCAAAAAAGGAGUCGAUCCCAAAGUUUUCAGAGCUAUUCAACAUGUUAAUGUUGAAGAGCUUGCCAAAUGCAGUGAGCAAGAAAUCCGACCAGUUUUACCAUGUCUGGUUAGAAUGGGUUUGAUAUCGCCCCUUGAUACCUCCAAAAAGUGCAUGAACAUGAAAGUGACUAUUUUAACAAUAGUUUCUGGCAUGGAAUUGGUGAAUUCUAUUGUUGCUCUACUUUCAAUUGAUUUUCACAAAUUAGAAAUUGACGUAAAGAAAGAACAGCAACUUAGACAGAAGGGUAAUACUUUGCUAAAUGAUUCCAUACUAAUUGGAAACUUAUCUAAUACAAGUAUGGCGUUAGAGUAUGAGCGCAGUGACAUGACUCGUAGACUGAGCAUUCUCCUAGGAGAACUGCUCUUCAUCCAGUCACAAAUCCAAGAAGGAACUGAAUCUACAUCAGAACAAGAUUCUUACAUGAAAUCUUCUGAGCUCUUUGAUAACGACAUUUUUGCUGAGGAAUUAUCGGAUAUUAUAUGCAUUGCACUGGCUGAAUUACCUACAACUUUGAACAUAUGUAGCAUUGCAGAAACAUUGUUGAGAGUCCACAAUGGCCCUGCUAUUAUCUGCAGGAUUGUGGCAAAUUUUCCUGAUUCUUUUAGAGAAGUCACAACAUAUUUGAUUCAAACUGGAGAAAAACAAGAAGAAAACAUAUCCAGUGUGGUGAGAACAAAGACAAUAUCAAUACUUUGCAAAAUGAACCCCACCCAAUCAUUGUCUAUAAGAAGUAAAUGUGUGGAACUGUGUCGAAUGCCUGCAUUGGCAAUUAGUCUAUCUAUGGAUCGUAUUGGUAAAGAUGGUGGUGCUGAUUCAGAGGGAGAUAUGGUCGCUUUUGUGUCGGGAUUGUUAUUGGGAAAUGAUCAAGCGAUAAGAAAUUGGAUAGCCUCGUUUAUCAGGACUGGUCAAAAGCGUAAGGGUGAAGUAUCCAGCAAUGCACUUCAACAACUGCGUGAAGAAUUGUCGAAGAGACUUCAGAAAAUCAUAGAUGCUUCUCCAGAAGGAGAGUUACCAGACAGUAUGGUAGUACAGGCUUCGGCUUUAUUGAGACUGUACUGUGCACUUAGAGGAAUUGCUGCAAUAAAAUUCCAAGAUGACGAAGUUAUUCUUAUUGUUCAACUAUUAACUUCGCAUCCAAAUCCAACACCAGCUGGUGUCCGUUUCGUUUCUAUAGGACUUUGCAUGUUGAUAGCUUGUCCUUCGUUGAUUCUUGUACAGGAACAUGAAAGACGCAGUAUCGAGUGGGUUCAAUGGUUAGUUAGGGAAGAAGCUUACUUUGAGUCAACAAGUGGAGUAACAGCAUCUUUUGGUGAAAUGUUGCUGCUGAUGGCGAUUCAUUUUCAUAGCAACCAGCUGAGUGCUAUCUGCGAUUUAGUCUGUGCCACACUGGGUAUGAAAAUCGCCAUCAGACACAACAACAUGACCAGAAUGAAGCAAGUAUUCACUCAAGAAAUCUUCACUGAACAAGUUGUCACUGCCCAUGCUGUUAAAGUACCUGUUACGAAUUCUUUAAAUGCCAAUAUGACAGGUUUUCUACCGAUCCAUUGUAUUCAUCAACUUUUGAAAUCGAGAGCUUUUGCUAAACACAAUGUUAACAUCAAGAAAUGGAUAUACAAACAAAUUUGUACUAGCGUCAGUCCUCUACAUCCCGUUCUAAGAAUGUUAGUAGAGGUUUACGUAAACAGCAUCAUAUUGCCAUACGCCCAUACAAACAAACCAUUAACUGAAAAUGAAAUACGGAAAGUUUUCCAAAGUUCCAUAUUUGGCCAAUACUUUGACCAAAAGCACUCAAUUUUCAACAUGGACUUCGAAGUAAACUCUGAGUAUCAAGACGUUGUCGUAGAUAAUACGAGCCUAACACCCCAGCUUCUACUGUUGUAUUAUCUAUUACUUUACGAAGACUGUAGAUUGAACAACGCUCUACUCAACCUCAUGGCAUCCGGCGGUAGAAAAAUUAAGAAGUACACUCCGGAAUUUAUGUCCGAACUACCUAUCAAGUAUUUACUGCACCACGCCCAAAAAGAUCAAAGCUCCUACUCAGGUUUAUUUGGCCCCCUAUUAAAACUUCUGGCCACUCAUUUUCCCCACCUAACGCUAGUGGAGGACUGGCUGGAUGAUAUGGCUAUGCAUACCGAGUACAAACCUGUACACAUAUCCGAGAUGUCUGUAGUGGAAUCAUUUGACGAAAUUGAAACUAACCCCUUGAAGUGUGCAAAACUUCUUCAAAUGUUGUUAAAGCAAGAAGCUAUUGAUAUCUGGCCUUUUGUGGAAAUUUUCGCCCAACAUUCCAAGAGUUUUCUGGGGGAUAAUGUACCGAGAUAUUUACAAGAUUUGUACAAGGACGUAUGGUUUAGACUUAAUACUGUAUUACCUAGAAGAUUAUGGGUUCUGACUGUUAAAAAUCUCGUUGAUGACUUUUCUAGUUUAACAAGAAUUGAUGUUGCGGAAGAUCCCUUACAGAUAAUGAGAUGUGACGAACGUGUAUUUCGCUGCGCUCCCAUGUACUCUAUCGUUCUCAGAGUGUUAAGGGCUAGUCUGGCGUCGUCCCGAAGUCAACUGAUGCAACACUUGCAGUCCAAUCUAAGAUUAGAUCAAGCUGGUCAAGUCAUGAAUGAAGGGGAUCGAGAAGAUAUGUGUAGAGCUUGUAUUGCUGCUCAGGAAUCUGCUGCCAUUCAGAUGUUGAUCGAAACCUGUUCAGAAACGGAAACUGAUAAAACUGUACCAGGAAGAGAAUGGGCUUUGCAAGAAGUUCGUUCUUUGGUAUGUAGCUAUCUGCAUCAAGCAUUCAUUGCUGACACAACGCUCUGCAAACUGGUUCACUUUCAGACAUAUCCUAGCGAGCUGAUCGAAAUUGUCGUUAAAGGAGUGCCCUCUAUGCACAUAUCUCUAGAUUUUUUGCAAGAAUUGAUGCAGCAACCAAGUCUCAACAAACAGAUCUUCGGAAUUCAGUUACUUUCCUACAUAAGUUUGCAGUAUGCUUUGCCGAAAAGUCUCAAUUUGUGUGUUACGGCGUUAAAUUUACUGUACGCUCUUCUUGGAGGUCUAUCAAGUGGCCAACGAGUAAAACUGUUCAAACCCGUUCUACCAGCUUUGGUUCGAAUCAGCGAAGCUUUUCCACCUUUGACAGAAGACAUUCUCAAUCUCCUGAUGCAGCUGGCCCGAGUUUGUGAAUCGCAGGCUUCGUUGGCUUCACAUUUCGAUGCCCAUUUGGGGAAAAGUUUGGAGAUCGCUUCGCAAGAAAGUGCCGAGUUGUGCGAUUUGACUCAGAGGACGUUUUCGGAGAUUCUUGAUCAGGCUGUCUUAAAAGCCAAAGUUUAUAAACAAGAUUAGAAUUAAUAUUGAUGUUUAUCUAUUUUUUAAUACAAUAAAUAAGUUUUUUAUAG